UCUGCUUAUCUGUUUCUUUACUGUUGUGCUGAAGUUUGCCUGUGCAAAAAACCCUUCUGGUGGAUUUUGGAGCUCGAGCUCCUCGCCGCAUCGCAUGGCGUCAUACUGGAUGCUUGCUGCUGUCACCCUAAUGCUCACCAGGAGCUUUAAUUGCCUAUAUUGCUACUUCAUGUAAAUGGCAACAUGGGGAAUCUAUGAAACAUAGGCAUGUUGCAUCAGAUACCUAGGUAUAUCCCGUGCAAACUUUUUUUUCUCUCUAUACAUUCCUUAGACCUCGUCCCACUUCUUCUUUUCUCUCAUUUUAACCCCACCUUUGAAUCCUUUCCAACCACAUCUCUUCACGAUGACUUCCUCUCAAGAGCAAUUCUCCGCCUCUCUUAUUUCCCAAGAAGUUCAGGCUACUCUACCAGAUAGCUGUACGCUUCGACCGCUCAAGCGCAGCGAUUUUCACAGGGGACAUCUCGAUGUUCUACGGGGUCUCACGCACGUGGGUGAUAUUUCAGAGGCGGCAUGGACAGAACGUUUCGACUGGAUGAAGAGUUGCCAUGGGACUUAUUACACAGUCGUGAUUGUCGAUGAGUCGAGAGAAGAGUCAAAGUCAAUUGUGGGGACUGGGACUUUGCUUGUGGAAAAGAAAUUUUUAUAUGAGCUUGGAACCCAAGGUCAUAUCGAAGACAUUGCCAUUUCAUCAGAUAUGCAAGGAAAGAAGUUCGGUGUGAAGCUCAUCAAAGCUCUGGACCAUAUUGGCAAGGAAGUGGGAUGCUACAAGUCAAUCUUGGAUUGUUCUCCAAAGAACGCACCGUUCUACGAGAAGUGCGAUUAUGAGAAAGCUGGGCAAGAGAUGCACCAUUACUAUGAUCCCAAAGCUCAGGAGUACUCUGUGUAAAGGUCGAUAUUGCAAUGUCAUAGACUGCACUAUGGAAAUCGAGCGAUUCAGAAGUUUGCACCUUGAAGCUUCUGUCUUCGUCUACCAAGUUCGAUUUCAUGCCGUCAUUUGCAAUUGAUAUUCAUUUUCUCGUCUUGUAAGGCAAAUACUCGUCUCGACAACGGAAGUUCUCACCAAGUGAUCUCACACAUAUGUUCCAGUGGUCUAAGUCUAAACCAGAGAAUAUGAGUACAGAACCCACUUAAUAUAUUCAUCUCUUUAAUGGGCUAGACAUGCAGAGAAGGAUAUUAAGAGAAGU